UUCGCUGUGGUUCUUCUUCUUCAGCUCUCUCUCUCUCUCUCUCUCUCUCUCUCUCUCUCUCUCUCUCUCUCUGCAAGUCAUUCCAAAAAUCUGACCAACGUCCAAAUCCAUAAGCACUGAAGAAAAAAACCUUCGGAGCGAGAGAGAUUUUGGCUUGAGAUCUUAGGAGGAAGAGGAUGAGGGAGCCGACGGCGACGGAGAGAGAGAACGGAGCUGCGGUUGUGACGGCGAUGGCGUCACCCCCGCAACCGCUGGUGGAGAGGCUCAAGGACUACGGUCAGGAAGAUGUUUUCGCUCUCUGGGACGAGCUUUCACCCGAAGAGCAGGAUCUCCUCGUCAAGGAAAUCGAGAGUUUGGAUCUUCCCAGAAUAGAUCGGAUCAUUAGAUGCUCACUCCAAUCUCAAGGUUUGCCUGUGGCGGCAAUCGAGCCGGUGUGGGGGGGCAAGGAGCCGGUGCCGGAGAAUUGCGUGUCGACGGUGGAUGAGAGAACAAUGGGAGACAGAGAAAAAUGGUGGAAAACGGGAUUGAAGGCUAUCUAUGAAGGGAAACUGGGCGUGGUGCUUUUGUCUGGUGGACAGGGUACAAGGCUUGGAAGUUCAGAUCCAAAGGGGUGUUUCAAUAUUGGACUGCCAUCGGGGAAAUCUCUCUUCCAGAUUCAAGCCGAGAGAAUACUGUGUCUCCAAAGGCUUGCCUCUCAAACGAUGGCCGAGGAGGGUCCAACCCGCCCAGUUACAAUACAUUGGUACAUAAUGACCAGUCCAUUUACCGAUGAACCCACUCGAAAAUUUUUCAUGAGUCAUAAGUACUUUGGCCUUGAACCAGAUCAAGUUACUUUCUUCCAACAAGGCACCCUACCUUGCAUAUCCAAAGAUGGCAAAUUUAUAAUGGAGACACCUUUCAGAGUAGCUAAGGCUCCAGAUGGCAAUGGUGGAGUGUAUGCAGCUUUAAAAUACUCGAGAUUAUUAGAGGACAUGGCCUCUAGGGGGAUUAAGUAUGUGGACUGCUAUGGUGUUGACAAUGUCCUGGUCCGAGUAGCCGAUCCAACGUUUUUGGGAUAUUUCAUAGACAAAGGGGUGGCUUCUGCUGCAAAAGUUGUGAGGAAGGCCUAUCCACAUGAAAAGGUUGGGGUGUUCGUAAGGAGGGGAAAGGGUGGACCUUUGACUGUGGUUGAGUACAGUGAGCUCGACCCGUCUCUGGCCUCUGCUAUUAACCAAAGAACCGGUCGUCUUCAGUUUUGUUGGAGCAAUGUGUGCUUGCACAUGUUCACUUUGGAUUUCCUUAACCAAGUGGCCAACGGCCUGGAGAAAGACAGCGUAUACCAUUUGGCUGAGAAGAAGAUACCGUCUGUGAAUGGGUUCACGGCCGGGCUGAAGCUCGAGCAGUUCAUCUUCGAUUCCUUUCCUUACGCUCCCUCCACUGCCCUCUUCGAGGUGCUAAGGGAAGAAGAAUUCGCACCGGUAAAGAACGCAAACGGCUUCGACACACCGGAAAGUGCAAGGCUUCUGGUCCUCCGGCUACAUACCCGUUGGGUCAUUGCAGCCGGUGGCUUUCUUACUCAUUCUGUUCCCUUAUUCCAAACUGGUGUGGAGGUGUCACCUGUCUGUUCAUACGCUGGAGAAAAUCUAGAACCCAUAUGCCGGGGACGAACAUUUCACGCUCCUUGUGAAAUCUCCCUCUAAAACUCUCUUAUCUGUUUUCAUUAUCAAAAACCCUAAUCACUUUUCCCUUGCUUUCUUCUCUUAUACCCUGUUAGGUAUUUCCAUUCCAAAUACAUUCAUAACAUUGAUAAUGAUAAUAUUAAUAAUCAUAUAUUUUUUUCAUA